GUUGAUGUGAGGGCAGAGGGGCGGGCCUUCGGCGGUGACGCGGAGAACGACCGUUAUCCGUGAUGAAGAGAAUCAGUUAUCUUUAUAACGCUGACUCACUGAACCGGACAGAAGAAGCACUUUCAGAAGACGGCAAGAUGGCGACCAAAGCAGGAAAGGAAUGCAAGAAGGAGGAGGAAGAGGAGUAUGAGGUGGAGAAGGUUUUGGACCGCAGAGUGGUGAAGGGAAGAGUGGAGUUUCUGCUGAAAUGGAAGGGCUUCUCGGAUGAGGAUAACACAUGGGAGCCACAAGACAACCUGGACCUGGACCUUAUCACAGAGUACAUACAGAAAGACAAGGAGAUGGAGGAGAAGAAGAAGGAGGGCAAGAGGAAAGGUGUUGGGAAGGAGGAGGUCAGUUAAGGAAAGAGGGUACUCCAGACUGAAGAGUCCCAGAAAUCUAAUCUCAAUAUUAAUGAAUCCCCACAGAGGGUUUCACAAAUGUCUUUUAGGAUUUAUAUAUAAAUGACUCUCGUCAUUACAAUAUGCAUGUGCAUAUUACAUACAUACAUACAUACAUACAUACAUACAUAC